AACUAAUACGAGGGAUAUUAAAACAGACAAGUUUGCAAUACCGAUGGCUCAUUCUGUCCCCGUAUCAGUCGUAGUGCGGUCGUGCAUGAAGAUAUUUGUGUAACCAUGUGCAACUCCAAGUUCGUCUUCAUCCUUUGUAUUGUCAGUGUACUGGCUAAUCCGGACUUCAAGGUGCUAGAUUCCAUUGAUCAAGAAGGGCCAUGUAUAUCAAAAGGCGGUAUAUGCACGAUAGCAGGCGACUGUCCCGACGGCCGCCUGGUAGAAGAACGAGGAUUAUGUCCCAAACAACAAAAACGAGGGAUUGAAUGCUGUUAUGGAUUAUCCGUGAAAGAGACAAGAUGUCAGAAGCGAGGUGGGGAAUGCUUCCCUGGAAAGAAUGCGUGUAGCGACAUCGUCAGAUACAGUGAGGCCACCGACUGCCCAAAGGACACAACUUGUUGUAUACUAGUCAGAAGAAAAUAAAUUCGUAAUAUUUUGUUAAA